UGGUGGUUAAACUUUAAAGGAAGACGGAAGGUGGGAUGGUGGUCAAACUUUAAACUUUAAAGAGGCUAAGUUAUGGGGUUUGCUUGUUUGCGGUUGCUAUAUAUAUUGAUGAAGCAUCUCUGUAGAUUACAGCACAAGAAUCCUAAAGUUCUGUAAUUCGUAUACAUACACACACACUCUCUCUCUUAGUAUUGGUUGCAGUCGCACGCCAAAGCACGAAAUGCAGCAAAGAAUUGUUAUAAGGGUCUUAGACUGCGCAAAGAAGAAGCAAUUAUCCAAAGCUAUGCAAAUUACAGUUUCUGUAGCAGGUAUUGAAAGAGUGGCUCUACAAGGAGAAAACAAGGACCAGAUAGUGGUAGUUGGUGAGGGAAUUGAUGCAGUUAAUUUGACCUCCUUGCUCAGGAAAAAGCUGGGAUCUGUUGAACUUGUUAGUGUGAUCCCAAUUGGUGAGCUUGGGAACCGGGAGGAGGAAGAAGAAGAAUAUACUUAUGGAACUACAUCCAUCCAGCCAACAGUAUAUCCAACUUACCCAGUCUGGACAUACCCAACUUACUAGCAUGUUGGAUACUUCCUCUUAGCUUCUCUAGGUAACUGUCACCGAUCAGCUCCCAGAAUUGUGCAGUAUCAUGAGUUCUGUGAACAAUGUACUGCACGUUGUUUGCCAUGAUUCCAGUUUGGGAGUCUAGGAAAGAAAAGAAGAGAAGAGAAAUCUUAAGUUAGAAAAGAAAAGAAACGAAUCGAAAAGAUUGUAAUAUCUUCCAUGUUAUUUGGGCGUUUUGGAGGAGAAUGGGAAUGAAGCAAUUUUCCUUUGUUCGGAAGUGGAGAAAAGAUAUGUGUGUUUUACAUAAAGACCAUUAGAUCUUAAACUUACACGAGUGUUCUAUUAGAUUGUAAUCCUCUUAAGGUAAAAGUGGUGGUACAUGCAAUAAUUCAUUUACCCCACACCACUUUCUCACGUUUUCGUCCGAUUUUGAGCGGAUAGCUUUUUUGACUUGGAAGGGAUCUGACAUCCUUCCUUUUCU